CCGGGGCGAAGCGGGGAGAGAAAAUUCGCAACAUUUUGACGAACCAGGCCGGUGGUCGCGUUCGUGCGAGAAGGCGGCGAAGUGAGCCCGGCCGACCGAACCCGCCCCGGCGAGAAAAGGGGAUACGCGGACACAGAUGUCAGCGGAUUUCUCCAUUGCGAGCGUUUCAAGGCUUACAUCAGGAAGAUAAGACGUUCGGCUGUUUACAUUAUUCAUGCUGCACCGAAAAUGUUGGGAAAUAAAUCGCAGCUAAUCCUAUGACGUGCCUCCCACUGCCGUCUGUCCUUUAAAUAGAUGGGCAUGCAACAUUUAAAUAAAACCGGCAGGUCUAAUAGACAGCCGCUGUUGUCUGCCUGAUCUCUCGGUGUGCAGAACAAUGAGCAUGGAGCCCGAGUAGCCCGGUACAGGCAGAUAUAAGUGUUGCAAAUUGACAAUCAGGCGAGCCUUCAGCCCGACCGGUUUGGGUUAGCAUUGCUCCACAGCUGCGGUCCGGAUCCUCGGCUCAGGCAGAUCGGGUUUGGCACCAAAAAAAAAAAAAAACCCCGAAAAACCCAGCUCACGGGGCGUUAAAAGAUUGAUGUGCAGCUCGUCCUGGGAAGAGAAACGACCUACGAGUUGGUUGGAAUAAGGGUCCCUGUUUCUGCCCCAGACACCAAGUUUCCAUGGAGGCAGGUUCGUCCCUCAGCCUCAAACGAAGAUAUGAAGAGGUGGACAACAGCUCUCCAUUCUCUACACCUAAGGACUCUGACGAUGACAUCUCCAGCAGUGACAGCGCUGACAGCUGUGACAGCCUCAACCCCCCUUCCAGCACUGCAUUUACCCCCACCUCCAUCCUCAGACAGCACAAGCCGUCGCCGGGGGGGAAACGCGUGCGUUUUGAUGUGGUGACGGUGUACUACUUCCCCCGGCGCCAGGGCUUCACCAGCGUGCCCAGCCAGGGGGGCAGCUCGCUGGGCAUGGCCCGUCACCACUCCUCCAUCAGACACUACACGCUGGGCGAGUUUGCACGCGAGCAGGAGAGCAGCCACCGGCACACGUUACGCCAGCACCUGCGCCAGGAGAAGCUCAAUGCCCGCAAGAUGAAGCUGACGAGGAACGGCACAGUGGAGUGUGCUCAGGCCGACCUGCUGACUCUGGAGGACGUGUCCGACGAGGACCUCGACGUGGACGGGGUGGAGGUGGACGACUGUUUCUUCCUUCAGCCACUGCCCACAAAGCGCCGACGAGCCCUGCUGCGAGCCUCCGGCAUCGCCCGCAUAGACGCGCGGGAGAAAGCUGAGCUCAGAGCCAUCCGCCUCUCGCGGGAGGAGUGUGGCUGCGACUGCCGUUUGUACUGCGACCCCCGGCACUGCGGCUGCAGCCAGGCUGGUAUUAAGUGCCAGGUGGAUCGAAUGUCUUUCCCGUGCGGCUGCUCCAGGGAUGGCUGUGGCAACGUAGCGGGUCGUAUUGAGUUCAACCCUCUGCGUGUGAGAACACACUACCUGCACACCAUCAUGAAGCUGGACCUGGAGAAGAGGAGGAUGCUCAUCCAGGGGACUGGGGACCAGUAUGCUGAAUCUGACCCAAUGUCCUCCCCCACUUCCACGUGCCCUACUUCCCCGGACCUGUCCUCUGUCGCUGGCCUGGACUCUGAGCUAGAGGAGAGUGAGGUGCAGACAGUUGUGGAGGUUCAGGAUCUCCUGGCAGAGCAGGACAUACUGGAGCGAGAGAACGAGACAGCUGUGUUGCACCUGCAGAGCGCGGAGGAGCAGGAGAGGAGGGAGAGGGAGGAGGCCGAAGGGGAAGCGGUGCAGCAGGAGCUGGGCGCUGGAGGUCUCACAGAGCAGCCUCUCUGCCUUCUGCCUGGUGCACUGGGAGGGGACCUGCCCGAGCAGGCAGAGGUGCCGGGUGUGGAGCAGGUCCUCCUGCAGGGGCCAUUCCCCACCGGGGCCACGGUGUUGUGCAUCACUGACAACCAGGAGGAGAGCCCCUCUGACAUCCUCAGAGACUCCACUUCCCUGCUCUACUAUCAGCUCAGUCCCAUAGAGCCCGGAGCCUUUGAGACCCUGCCCAGAGUUGAGGAGGCUGAACAGGAGCAGCGCUUGGUGAGAGAACAAGAUACAGAAGGAGGCGAGUGCGUGGAGGGGAAACGAGGAGGGGAGGAGUCGAAGGAUGAUAAGCCUGAAAAGAUCACCCGCAGGCAGAGUUUGGGAAAGUCUUUGUCCAAUGUGAUUCUGUGCUCAGAGGAAUGUGUGGCAGUGGUGGAGGAGAAGCCCUCGAGUCGUCACCAGAGCCUCCCCGAAGAGCAGUGCCAAAGGGAGCCCUGUUUGGAGGAAGAAGUGGAUCCACUGCCUCCUGAAGUUUAACUCUAGCUUCUCUGCAGAUAUUUUGCACAAUAGCUUCAUCUAAGAUGAAUAAAUUACUCAUUUCACAUUUAUUAUUGCUAUCAUUGAGAAUGAUUAAAGGUUGCCAUCUCUUGUAGUGACUUUCAUUGAGAUACGUGGAGGAAGAGCUUGAGUAUUACAAUACAUGAGGGAGGGGAGAAGCUGAGAGCACGUACAGAUCACUCUCCAGAAGUGACAUGGAUGCAGUUACAAGGCAACAUUUUACGUUAUUCUGUCGAGGGGGGGGGGGGUUGAAUGCGGCCUUAAUAGAAAAACAUAAAAACACUCGUGUGUAGGAGUCAUUUGUCGAUGAGAAGUACAGCAAGUAGUGCUUUGUUCAUUUCCAACACAGCAAACCGAAAACACAAUGUGUGAAUGCUGACAUAAGCCUUUUGUUUGGUGGUAUAUAAAACUAUCAACACUAACACCAGUUGUUUUGCCGUGCGCACGGAGCUGGUGUAUCUAGACACUUACUGGCUCAGUUCCCAUUACAGUCGACGUGCUGUAGGUCGAGCCAAACGAAGGCCUCUGAUAGUAUCCUCCGCUGAAAAAUAGACCUAAUAAUCCUGGAAAUACUUGUUUCUGUGUACUGUAUAUGCAUCUGCAAUGUGCAAGACAGAGCCGAGGUUGCUGCUUCUUUGAUCUGUAUGCACAUUGUGAACUGAGGGCGGCGAGCGUCGUGGCUCCGCCUCCGUCGAGACGUGAAGGUAAAAGCAACGCAGAGCAGCAGACUGGCACUGGCCUUAGUAGAUACUCUCACUCACCUCGGGCUGCUCACGCGGGUGCAGUCGAUUCGUCAAAAAAGAACAAACAAACAAACAAACAAACAAAAAAAAAAACAACCUAGUUUACCUAGUUUACCUGUAGUUGCAAUGCCUAUGAUAUUAUUUCAUGGAGUAAUGUGUCUUUUGUGGAUUAGAUACUGUUGGUCUCACAGUCUUUGGUUCUUUUUUUGUUGUUUUGUUUUUUUCUUUUGAGUGAAAGGAAAUGUUAUCUCACACCGCUACACUGUAAUGCCAUGUAGCCACUCUUGUCAUGUCACGGUGAAAUGCCAGAAUAGAUUUUCCUAGUCCUUUUUUUUGUCGCGAGUCGCUCUGUAAAGGAAGGGAUGAUUCUGAGUCACGUGAAAUUUCAUACCAGGAAAUCAGCAUUUAAAGAGUCAAAGAAAACAACAGCCUGUGCUUCUGGAAGUAGUUAUAUGAAAUGAUGUGAUGUUACUAAUUUAUGGAACUGAUUGACAAUAACCUGAAUUUGUUUAUUUUACAUUCGAUCUGUAUGUGUGUGUGUGUGUGUGUGUGAGUGUGUUGGGUAUAUAUGUGUAUGCCUACUUUACAUUUAUAUGUCUAUGUGAGAGAGAAAGGUGUGUAUGCAUCUGAGUGUGCAUGCACAUAUGUAUGUACUGUAUUACUAAAAAGGAGCGAGGAUGCGUAUUUUACUCCUGAAAGGUGCUGAUGUUACAGAUUUACAAUUCACUGCUUUCUCUCCCUACCAUCAUGAGAAAUAUGAUUUCAAGGAGCUGUUUCUCGGUGACUGAUGUUGAUGAUGAGGUCAAAGUGUUGGAGAGCGCCUUGUAGGAACGCAAUAGCUACUGCACUGCAAAUCAUUACGGCGAUUAUGGAAGGAGGCGUUUUGUCACUGAGUAUGUAAAUGCAAUCGUAUAACAUUUCUGGUCUUUAAAUGUCUUUUUUUUUUUUUUUUUUAAGCUAUGUCUGAUUUACUCUGACCUGCAUAAGUGUGCCGACUCUCCUUACACAAAAUCGGUCCUUUGUUUUGUUGCCUAAAACUACAGCUGUUGCUUUUGGCGACAGCCCGCCCAACACAGGAUGUGCUGCCGUGUAUGAGACGUCUGAUGUCUUUUCUUUGCCUUUUUUUUUUUUCAAUCGUCUUAAUAUAAACUUGCUUGAAGAGUUGCACCAAAGCAGUGGUUUCAAGCCUAAUUAAACGAUGCUUUCAUCCAUCAGAUUUUAACAAAGCAGUCUCCUAUACUUAUCGUGAGGCUGUGGAACUUAUUGUGGCCCUUUGUGUUCGCUUGACUUUGCCUUGCAAUAGUACCAUCUUUGAAGUGAUGAUGAUUACAAGCUGCCUAUUGUUGAGCUUUUGUCCUUGGCUUUCCACUAAUAGACUUAGGUUUGGGACCACUGCAUCAAAUUAACUCCAGUACACUACGUGGUUGUGUGUUUCUCCGUGUGAAUGGGGUGCGUGAUUGUUGAAGAGACUGGUAAGUUUUGACUUCAUCUAAAAGCUGUGAGAACUACUCUCAUGCUAACUGUUGCCUAAAGUGGACAAAAAGUUUUUUUUAUACAAAA